AUGGCUACUCCAGAUCUGGAAAAUCGUAUGGAAGAAGAAAUUUUUCGCCUGACAGAAUGCCCACCUCCAAACUUCAUUGUACGUCGCCUCAGAAAUUAUAAAAGAGAAUGGCAUUUUCUUCUCGUGGGCGACUCUUCAUUUCUGUCAACCUCGGGCAAUUUCCAUGGCAACAUUCUCCUCCCCCCAGACUAUCCAAACAGCCCUCCACAAGCCAUCAAUGUCUACACACCCAUGGAUCCCCCGAUAGUAGAUAUGGAGGAUUCUUCAGUCUACAGUUUUUUGCAGACAUGGGAUCCAAAUACUUGUUCUGUCUACGUUCUUCUGGUAAAGCUUGCUGAGUGGAUUUCUGUGAAUGCAACGCAAAGGGAAGCUUAUAAACCAGCAGAUGCACGGACAAAAGCUACCCAAUAUCUUAAAACUUUGCAUUACAACUCUGAGAACCCUGUUUUCAGAGAACUGUUUCCUGAGUAUGUUGAUGUAUACAAAGCAGAAAUAGAGAAGAGAAAAAGGUUGGGGAUAGAACAGUACUGUUUACCAUUUGAGCAGAAGAGAAAGAGAGACUAUUCGUUAUACUCGCUUGUCAUAGUUCUUAUUCUCACACUUUUUCUCAUAAUUAUGGCUUUAUGUAGCAUGCUACAAACAUUGUUUUGCUUAAUUGGUUCGUUAUUCUGA